AGCCCCGGAAGCUGGUCUCGGCCUCCUUGGAGGCUGCCUGGGCCUCCUGGCGGGCCUCACCGGCCAACAUCCAGCGUCCCUUUAGGGCAGCAGAUGACGGAGGACUUCGCCAAAGUGAACAGCCUCAAGAGAGUGCCGGCCCUGAAGGACGGAGACUUCGCCUUGGCCGAGGGCGUGGCCAUCUUGCACUACCUGAGCCAGAAGUACAAGACCCCGGCUCACUGGUACCCUCCGGAGCUGCAGGCCCGAGCCCGGGUGGACGAGUACCUCUCCUGGCACAGCGACUCCGUCCGAGGCACCUUUGGCACGAUGCUGUGGAUCCGGGUGCUGGGCCCUCUCAUCGAUGUCCAGAUCCCCAAGGAGAAGGUGGACAAGAAUAUGGCCGCCGUCGUCCAAUCCCUGCAGCAUCUGGAGCAGAAGUUCCUGCAGGACAAGCCCUUCCUCACGGGGGACAAGAUCUCCUUUGCCGAUUUGAUGGCCUUGGAGGAGCUGGUUCAGGUAUGGGGGAGAGACUCUGCCCCAGCGUUGGAGGGGGGCAAGGUGGGAAGCCAGGGGGGCUGCCCAGGGCCAGAGCUGAGCAGGUCCCCCCUGAUACUCAGCAUCCUCAGCCUGGCUCUUUCAGGGGUCGCGGCACCCUGGAGCCAGGCGGGGCCAGAACGAGCCUCUCCCUGGACAGAUGGGGGGUGAGACCCCAGGAGGUGCUCAUGAAGGAUCUGUUGUGCGGCCGGCCCCGUGCCAAGGGCCAGGGCUACAAAGAGGACAAAGCCAUCGUCUUUGCUCUCCACUGUGGAGCAGACGGUCUACACAUAAGCAGUUACCUACCUGGUAUCUACAGAGUAAAUGGGGGGGAGGCAUUCGAAGUGGGGGGAAGGACCCAGAAAGGCUUCCUCCUGCAGGUGAGGUUUGGGAAAAAGCCAGAAAGCAGAGGUGCGGCGGGAGAGGCUUCCAGGAAUGAGGGGAGACCAGGGAAAAGGCGCAGAGUUGGGUGGGAGGAACAGCAAGAUGAGAUGGAAAGAGCGUGCCGAGGUCCCUGCCUCUCCCCAGCCCGAGCCCCGCUCUUCUUCCCCUUCCUCUCCUGGAGGACCCGAAGGAGGUGUUAGGCCUUUGUAUCCGCUUCAACUCUCACUGGCUGCGUCACCCCACAUUUAUAGGGACCAGGAACUAGGACUCGAAUUCCAUCUAACCACAGAACAUCGAUCCCUUUUUACAAAGGGAUUCUCAGUUCAGAGAGAAGGAAGUUGGUCCAACUAUUUCCAUACCCCAAUACC